AUGACCAACACGUACUGGCGGCCCAGCAGCCUGCUUGGCAACCGCAAUGGCCCUGCUGCUGACCCAGCGUAUGCAGUACUUGUCUUAAACCAACCGAUAAAUGAGAAUGCAUUCAAAUCUACGGUUGAGGGAGCUUCUAUGCUAGUCUGUGCAGAUGCCGGUGCGGAUAGGCUGAGGAACCUCAGGACUGACCAAAACUGGCGACGACCUGAUGCCAUUGUUGGGGAUCUAGAUUCAGUCACGCCAGAGACUAUUACUUAUUACAGAGGCAAAGGCGUCACUAUCGUGAAGGAACCGGAUCAAUACUCAACAGAUUUCACGAAGGCAUUGAGAUGGAUCGAGCAGGAAUGGAUACAGCGAACUGAGCAUCUGGACAUACCGCCAUUGGAUGUGGUCGUCCUAGGUGGCCUCGGUGGACGUGUCGACCAAGGCUUCUCACAGAUUCACCACUUGUAUCUUGCCCAUAACGACACUAGUCUCCUCUCAGGUCGGAUCUAUCUGCUCUCGGAGCAGAGCCUGACGUUCGUGCUCGGCGAAGGACCGAAUACGAUUGACAUAGAGCCAGGCUACUUUGCCGAGAAUGUUGGCAUCAUCCCCAUACUUGGUCGCUGCCACCUGACCACGAGAGGCCUGGAGUGGGAUGUGGAGAAUUGGCCAACAGAUUUUGGCGGCCAGAUGAGUACCAGCAACCACAUCCGUGCGUCCACCAUAGAGAUCUCCUUCACCGGUCCUAGGCCACUCUUCACACUAGAGCUUACAGCACUCCUGACUGCCACUGGUUCCUGA